UUUCACAGAAAAGAAAAUGCGACGACGCCGGAAAAUCCAAGAAACCUCCCGUAGGCCAAGUCAGCCGGAGCAGAGACCCCAUUUUUUCAAAAUAAUUGUCAAUUCAAGUUUUGAAAGUGGAGAGCUCGUGAUCCCAAAAGAGUUCACAAGGCAAUUUGCAAUGGAAAUAGCUGAUGUUGCAGUCCUCAAGGUUCCAUCUGGGAGAAAAUGGCAAGUAGAGGUUAAGAAAGUAGAUGAUUCAGUUAGGUUCCAAAAUGGCUUGCGAGGGUUCUUGGAGUACUACUCUAUUUCUGUUGGUCACUUUCUCGUAUUCAGAUACAAUGGGAAUUCAACUUUCUUGGUAUUAAUAUUCAAUCCAAGCGCUUGCGAGAUAGAUUAUCCAACCGACAAUGAUGACGAUCGUGAAGAAUCUAACCUUCACAGUGAACGCUUGAUUCUUGUAAAGAAAGAACCAGAGGAAGAGGACUUUGUGGAAGUGGAACCCUUGGAUAUCUCUACUCCAUCCCAGUCUCUGCAUUUUUCCACAGAGGAGGUUAUUGACAAAGCUCAAGAGCUACUACAGAUUACUAGAAGGAGGAGACCAGAAAGAAGAAGUUUUUCCCGAAAACAGAGGAGAAACAGAAAUAAACAGGAAUUGAGAGAAUUGGUUGAUGGGAGUAGACCAAUUGGAGUCAAAGGUAAAGAUCCUCUUACCUUUGAUGUAGAGAAUGAAAUUGGAAUGAUUGAAGUUCCUUCCGAUGAUCCUAACAAUCAAAUAAGCAUGUCUACAUCAACAGAGUCUUCUUCACAUGAAAUGGAAGAUGAUGCUCAACAUCUCAAACCAGAUGUAGACAAUUACGUACCUUGGGUUCCACUUCCUUCUGGUGGAGUUGUAAGUCUUCAGUUCGAUGAGAGUGAACCUUCAGCACCUGCUACUCAUGAAGUUGAAUCCUACUAUUUGGAGCAAGAAUGUAGAGAAGAAAUUUCAGCUGAGAACAGUACUCCAACAGCCGAACCCAUAUUUUCCAAGAAGAUUUGCCAAAAGGUUCGUGAAAGAAGGAAUGAAUGA